AUGGCCGAAGGGUGUGACUUUUCCGUAGGUGGACGAUGCAAGAGAGAAAUCCUUGUAGUUCUCUGGUUAAUCACCAUAGCUCCCCUGUCAACAACGUUUCUGCUGCACGCCCAGGAGUACCUCGGCGCCCAGCUCGGCGGCCUGGAGGAGGCUCUGCGGGCUGCCCGGGCGCAGCGCGACCAGCUGGGCAAGGAGGCGGCCCAGCGCGCACAGGAGGUCAAGGCGCUUAAGGAGGAGUGCCACAGGAGGAAGAAGAUGAUCAGCUCCCAGCAGCAGAUGAUGCUGGAAGCCCGAGCCACCUACCACCAGUGUCAGUUUUGUGAAAAGGCUUUUAUGACCUAUUUCUUUUUACAAGGCCACAUGCAGAGACGUCAUCCAGAAGAGUGUCAGAUUGAACUGAAGAGGAAGGCAAAGACAGACAUAUUGCAGGGUGAAGUUGAUAAACUGAAGGAGCAGUUGCAGCUCACCAAGUCUCAGUUAGAGGCUGAACAACAGGCUAAUAUGGUCAGGUUUUCUAAGGAAUGUGAACAGCAAAAAUCAAAAGAAGAAGGAAUUCUACAAUCACUUCAUAAAUGGAAAGAGGAGGAAAAAGAUAAAUUGGCUGAUGAAAUAGAAAAAGUGAAAGAAAUGUUUAUGAAAGAGUUUAAGGAGUUAUCUUCAAGAAAUUCAACAUUAGAAAAUCAACUGUUAGAAUUACAAAAGUCCAAUAUGCAGCAAAAAUCCAACUUAGGGACACUGAAAGAUAGCCCAGAAUUUACAGAAGAGAAACCUCAGAGUCCUCAGGAUUAUCACAAUAUGGUUAAACUUCUUGAAAAACAGGAAAGUAAAUGGACAUCUAGAAUGCAAGCCCUUCAUCACGAACAUAGGACAGAAAAGUCCCUGCUACUGUCACAGAUUGAGAAGCUUAAAUCAUCAGUGAGAGAAGAGCAGAAUAAAACUAACACCUUUGACAAGAGGAUUGAAGAGCUAGGGCAGAGGCUUCAGGAGCAGAAUCAUUUGAUUAUUACUCAAAAGAAGCAGAUAAAAGAAUUGUCCACAAGAUCGGCUGCAAGCAUGAAACCAUAUGAUUUGAACACUACUGCAGAGCGUCUUGAAGAAUCUAAACCAAGUCUAUCAGUGAUGCAUGAAAUUGAGAAAGUUGAUGAUAAAAAAGGUAGAAGUAACCAGUAUUUAACGAAGGCUUUGAAUAUUUAUCCUUCUUUGCUUAAAGAAUUACGAGCUAAGUUGGAGCAAAUCCUGGAAGGGAAGCUGGAAUCCUUGGGAAUUAAAGCAGAUGUUCGUGGUAUCCCAAACGAUCGCUUAAAUAAAAUUUUGCGCGCUAUUGAGUCUGCUAGAGAAUGCAAACAGAAGCAGGAGCCUGAGAUGCAGGAAAUUCGAAAGCAUCUUGAACGCCAAGUUAGCUUUAGGGUUGAAGAGAAAGCAUCAUCUUGUAAUAGACCUGUUUCCUGUCCUCAGCUUCCUUCAGAAGAUCUACAGAUGUUCAAUCAGCUGGGAAGUUCCUUGUCUGCCACCCCACGAAAACCAGCAAAACGGUCUUCAACAGCUGUCCGCCCCGCUGAACAAAGAACAGUCCUCCCUGAAAAUACAUCUACACCAAAAUCCAAGAACCUUUAUGGAAAUGGAGUUUCCAGAAAGACAGCUAGUAUCACAACUCCACCAUUCAGUUCAGAGGAAGAAGCAGAUGAAGAUGAUAUCAAGCAGUUUUACGUAUCACCAGCUUUAUUGCAAAAGCAGUCAAAACCAUCAAGCAGCAAACUCAGUGCUUUCCAGAAGGUUCCUAGCAAAAGCAGUAUGGAUGGGUCAGAGGAAAGCGAGUUUGAAGAAACUGGAACACCUGCCAAAACUUCAAAAGGAACAGUUAUUCAAAAACUGACGGAACAAGUUGGAAGAAGUCUUUCUAACCAUGGGAAUAAGAACAAACCAGCUGGAGGGUUUAAUGUUGCCCAGGCCUUUGUUAGAAAAGAUGAGGUGCAAGAACUGAAGUUCACGGAAGUUGAAGACGGUGAUUGGGACAUUUCAUCAGUAGAAGACUUUGUCUUGAUGAAAGAUGAUAAAGGCCAGAAGGCACCGACAGUACAGAAAAAUGAGUCAGAUGCUGCACCUGUGGUACAAGCAUGGGGUCUUCCAAAAACAAGUGUACCAAAGGGAGAAGGUCUUCAGGAAGCUGAUAAAACAAGCAGCUUAGUCACUGUAACAGAUUGGAGCGAUUAUUCAGAUAUGUAA